CUUGGCGCGCCACUGAACUGAACUGCGAGACGAGUAAAUAUUAAAAAUCAUGAAUGUUGGUGAAUUACUUACGUUUCAGCCCGUUAAAGGCGUAAAACGUGCGCCUGACGAAGACGAUGAUGAUGCAAACAUUGCUAGGUUUAAAUCUAAGAAAAAGGUUUCUGGAGAAUCUGGAUUUGAUCAGAGAAAGGCUGCUGAAAGUGAGCGGGAUCGCAUUCUUGAACUCGUUGAUCAGGAGCCAGAGGCGCCACCUAUAGAUGAAUCACAGCUGAAGAAAAUGUUGCUAACCUUUGAGAAAAGAGUUGUGAAGAACCAGGAGAUGCGAAUAAAAUUCCAGGAUAAACCUGAGAAGUUCAUGGAUUCUGAGAUCGAGCUGAAUGAGAUAGUGCAAGAGCUACAUGUAGUUGCAACGAUGCCGGAAUUAUAUCAUAUUCUUGUUGAGUUGCAUACAGUUCAAUCUCUGCUAGGGCUGCUGAGUCAUGACAACACGGACAUUUCUGUAGCUGUUGUUAGCCUACUACAAGAACUUACUGAUACAGAAACUUUGACAGAAAGUGAAGAGGAUGUUGAAAUUCUCAUUGAUGCCUUGAUGAAGGAGCAGUUGGUUGGCACAUUAGUACAGAACAUGGAGAGACUCGACGAGACUGUUCCUGAGGAGGCAGAGGGUGUGCACAACACAUUAGCGACUGUAGAGAACCUAGUAGAAUACCAUCCUGAGUUUGGCACUGAGGCAGCUCAACAGGGCCUCCUUCAGUGGAUUCUUAAGCGAUUAAAGGCUAAGCUUCCCUUUGACAACAACAAACUGUAUGCAAGUGAGAUUUUAUCCAUACUUCUACAAGGAAACAAUGACACGCGCCAACUUCUUGGAGAGCUGGAUGGCAUAGAUGUUCUGCUGCAGCAGGUUAAUGUGUACAAGAAACAUGACCCAUCUAACAACGAGGAGAUUGAGAUGAUGGAGAACUUAUUCGACUGCCUCUGCUCGGCAUUAAUGGUCACCGUCAACAGGGGGCGCUUUCUGAAGGGCGAGGGGCUGCAGCUGAUGAAUCUCAUGCUCAGGGAGCGCAAGCUGUCUAGAAGUAGCGCGCUUAAGGUGUUAGACUACGCGAUGAUAGGUCCGGAGGGUGCAGACAACGGCACCAAGUUCGUCGACAUCCUCGGCUUAAGGACGAUAUUUCCGAUGUUCAUGAAGACGCCAAAGGGACACAAGAAGAAGAACGCAGGAGAGGAGGAACAUGAAGAGCAUGUGUCUUCGGUUAUCACUUCACUACUAAAAAACACGAGUGGAACGCAGAGACAGAGACUUCUUGCGAAGUUCACAGAAAACGACCAUGCCAAGGUGGAUCGUCUUAUGGAGCUGCACUUCAAAUAUCUGGAAAAGGUACAUCACGUCGACAACCAAAUCGAGAAGGAGAGGCAGAUAAAGCAAAGAGUUCUCCAAAUGCUCAACCUUAGAGGCGGUUCAAUAAAGACUAUACGGAAUAUCAUGCGAGAAUACGCAGGGAACAUUGGCGACGACAAGGACCCAGAGACCAGAGAUGCCGAACAAAAGCGAUUGCUGCAGCUCGUCGACAAAUUCUAGCCGGCAUCUAAUCGAGAUCUUCGCGCAGCAUGGAAAGGAGUUCCACGUGCAUAGACAGAAGCCAAGGUCUCGCGAGAGGAGCAGCAAACGCGAUUCGGCGCCCAGGCCUGCGCGCAUCUGGCGAGCGACAAUGCGGCGGCGUGGGGCGGGGGGGGGGGGGGGGGGGGUGAAGCUGCGCAGUAGAGCUCCAGCCAGGCUUAAUCUUGCUCCCCUCUCCCCCGAGGCCAUGCUUCCUCGUCCGCUCUUUGCCGCCGCGUCUGCGAGCGCGAAUCUUGCCGAUUUAGGUCGCAUGGCGGGUGGCGGCGUGGUCGAAGGCAGUGCGUGUGGUGCUAACGGAGAAGGGGGGGAAGAGCUCUCUGAUAGCUUAACAAAAGUAUUUAGUGUGAAGAUUGUGUAAUACAUUGUGACUUGUACGUAACGUGUGGAGACCAUGGACGCCACGGCGGAUUGACGGAGCCAUAGUGUUCAGUUCUGGAUCACGUUUUUCUUAAUUUUGUUGCGUCCUUGGUGGUACUGUAGCGUGCACCCUGCAGAGGUGUGAUCCAUUGUUGCAAAAUGUCCAACGUUUGUAAUGAUUGUUUAUGAAGUGAAAAUAAAUGUCCUUUUGUAAGUAAUCUAAA